UCAAUAUGAUACAUUCAAAGAGCUUGUCGCGUCAUUUAGAUUGUUUGCGGCGCUUUGCAGCAAGAAAGGUAGUAAGCCAAGAGAACAAUUAGAAAAUUUAGUAAUGAAACGUAGAGAUUGCAUAGAUACACUGGGAAAGAUUAGUAAAGAAUAUCGAAGUAGAAGUGAUGACUUAAGAUUAGUAUUAGAAAUAAGUGAGAGAGAAUGUAUAAGUGACGACGGGGGAAAGAAACGAUAUUAA